AAUGUUUGUCCUGCUUGCCCAUCACCAGGGGGUUGAGAGGAGUAUGACAGGUCUUUGUUGUCUGAAUAAAAAUCCGUGGCAGCUCCGGGGAGAGAACUCCUCCUACUAAAUUAUCAAAAAUGGGCUGGCUUUAGUCUCUUAACAAAUUGGACACAGCUCAGGCAGGAGCAGUCCCCAACCCAACCUACAGGAACUGGGAACUUGCAAGCAGUCAGGGAACGCUGAAAAUAGCACUUCUUUUUCUUUCUUUGUGUUCAAAACUAUUUUCUUUCUUCACCAGAUUUUGUUUUCCUCCCCGCUGCAGUUGUUUCCCAUUAGUAACUCGAUCUCUCAGAGCAGUAAGAUUUGCCUUCUACGCCUCUUUUCUCCUCCACCCGAAUUGUUUGUUUUCUGCACAUCUCCUUCAGGGAGCCGCUGAGGCUUACCCCACCACUCUUCCCACUUCUUUUUGCUUCCCCCAGUCCCCCCAAGCAGACCGAUUUCCACUCUGUCUCUUUCUUCCCCUCUUCUCUCUCCCUCUUUCCCUCCAUCCCCGAGCCUCUCUGCGCUCCCACAGCGCAGCCCUCUCGGGUCCCUUGCCUCCCUCAUUCGGAUGAGCUGAAAGCCCUGGGCGUGUGUAUAUGGAAAUAGUGGGGUGCCGAGCAGAAGACAACUCGUGUCCUUUCCGCCCCCCAGCCAUGCUCUUCCACGGGAUCUCUGGAGGCCACAUCCAAGGCAUCAUGGAGGAGAUGGAGCGCAGAUCCAAGACUGAGGCCCGUCUGGCCAAAGGCGCCCAACUCAACGGCCGCGACGCGGGCAUGCCCCCGCUUAGCCCGGAGAAGCCCGCCCUGUGCGCCGGCUGCGGGGGCAAGAUCUCGGACAGGUACUACCUGCUGGCUGUGGACAAACAGUGGCAUCUGAGAUGCCUGAAGUGCUGUGAAUGUAAGCUGGCCCUCGAGUCCGAGCUCACCUGCUUUGCCAAGGACGGUAGCAUUUACUGCAAGGAGGAUUACUACAGAAGGUUCUCUGUGCAGAGAUGUGCCCGCUGCCACCUUGGCAUUUCCGCCUCAGAGAUGGUCAUGCGCGCCCGAGACUCAGUCUACCACCUGAGCUGCUUCACCUGCUCCACUUGCAACAAGACUCUGACCACGGGCGACCAUUUCGGCAUGAAGGACAGCCUGGUGUACUGCCGCGCCCACUUCGAGACCCUCUUGCAAGGAGAGUAUCCACCUCAGCUGAGCUACACGGAGCUGGCGGCCAAGAGCGGCGGCCUGGCCCUGCCUUACUUCAAUGGUACGGGCACCGUGCAGAAGGGGCGGCCCCGGAAGCGGAAGAGCCCAGCGCUGGGAGUAGACAUCGUCAAUUACAACUCAGGUUGUAAUGAGAAUGAGGCAGACCACUUGGACCGGGACCAGCAGCCUUAUCCACCCUCACAGAAGACCAAGCGCAUGCGAACCUCUUUCAAGCAUCACCAGCUCCGGACCAUGAAAUCCUACUUUGCCAUCAACCACAAUCCGGAUGCCAAGGACCUCAAGCAGCUUGCCCAGAAAACAGGCCUGACCAAAAGAGUUUUGCAGGUUUGGUUCCAAAACGCACGAGCCAAAUUCAGAAGGAACCUUUUGCGGCAGGAGAAUGGGGGUGUUGAUAAAGCUGAUGGCACGUCGCUUCCGGCCCCGCCCUCAGCAGACAGCGGAGCUCUCACUCCACCCGGCACUGCGACCACUUUAACAGACCUGACCAAUCCCACUAUCACUGUAGUGACAUCCGUGACCUCUAACAUGGACAGCCACGAAUCCGGAAGCCCCUCACAAACUACCUUAACGAACCUUUUCUAACAUUGGUUUUUUUUUUUUUUUUUUUAAUUCUUCCUCUUCUUUUUAUUAUUAUUCUAAUUAUUAUUAUUUUAUUAUUUACAAGACUUUUUUUUCUUCUAACCCACAAGAUAUUUGGGGAAUAAAAAUAACAGCUUGGUGUGUAGCAUCUGCAGCCACUUGGCAAAUGAGUUUACAGUAUUGUCUCCUUUAAGUGAAUAUAUUUUGUCUACAAAGUGUAUUUGGAUUUUUUUAAAAAAAAUAUUAAUUAGGUCUUUCAGUUGGUAAGGAGAGUUUUUGAAUAAUUCUAAUAAGUGCCUCUUAAAAUUGUAUGUUACUUAUUUCCAGAAUCUCGAAGAAAAAAAAAAAGAGUGGUAUUAUUAUGGGCAAAUAAUCAAAUUCCCAGUUAAAUGAUUAGGUUAAUAAAGAACCAGCUAAUUAAUUAGUUACUUUUUAAAUCUUGCAGUUGUAUGUGUGAUUAUGGAGUUUUGAAAACAUUACAUUUUUUAAAUCUUAAAACUGAAAACUUGUUUUUAGUAUUUCUAUUUCUUACCUGAACUGCUAAUUCAAGUGAGGAAUAUGAUGAAAUAAAAGCAUUAACUACAGACAUUUAAAAUAGUAAUGAUUAAUUAGGUGAGAAAUCUAUUACAGGAAAGUGACUUUUCCUUCUCUUAGGGGUGUACAACUCUAAAAACUUUUUACUUGACUAUUUGUUUCUCAACAUUUGAAAAAUAAUUAAGCUCCCUGUGUAUCCAUGAAAAUUCUGCAUAGAUUUUGACAUUCCAUAAUUUUAACCUCCUAAAGCUAAAUUCAAUAGCUCGGAAACCAUUCUUUCUAAGUUACUUUUUUUUUCCCAGGGAAAAUGGAAAUAAGCAAAAUAUAAUGUUUUAAGAAGUAAAAAAAUCAGUAUAAUUUAAUUAAUAGCUCUAUUAAUUGGCUUCAGCUGUACCAUGAUAUUGUAUCUGGCAUUCUAUAUGAAUAAUGUUUAAAAUACCCAGCCUGGUAGACUUAUACCAACAAUCGGUUUUGUUUUGUCUUAUUUUAUUUUGACAUAGGUUGACUUAUGUAUUGAAAAUAAUUUUUCUGAUAGUAGAGAUUCGAAGUUAUUAGUCUUAAAGUAGAUAAACUCAGAAGCCUUGUGGAUGCUGAUCUGAAUAUAUUUCCUAGUUUACAGUAGUAUUUUUUUUUCUUUUAAUUUAAGCUAAAAUCUUAAUGGUCUGGGCAGUGGUGAAUGUUCAUCUAUUACGCUUCUGUUGUAGUUAAAUACCAAUUAGAUUGUGGAUUUCCUAAAAAAAAUAAAAAAGAAGUCAAGAUAUAUGUCUUGCUUUAGUGGAUUGUUAAGAAUAACUUUGCACAUAUUCUCCACUUUUUGGACCCCUUAAAUCUCCUUUGGUGGUCGAAGUGGCUAUUUAAUAGAUGUUAAAGGUGUCCUUCUGGCUGUAUAAAUGUGUGGUUACAUAUUGACAGUUCACUGCCCACAUUAAAGUGCAUUAUUGUAACUUUUGCUCAGGGUCUUUAGAAAAUUAGCACAGAAAGUAGCUUAUUUUUUAAAAAAAGAUGAUGGAAGAUAAGUUAACACUGUAACAGAAGAAAGGUGUGAUUGCCAUUAUAUAUUUAGCAAGUAUGGUUAUCAUCUUAUAUGGAGCUUAAAUCUUGACUUUUCAUAUUUCUAUUACAUUUUGGGCAUUUACCACUAACCAGACCAAACAACCUUGGUAAGGCUGAGAUCUUAUUAAUACACUUUUACAGGUAAAAUAUUGACGCUUAUAAAUUUUGUUCUUUGACAGAACAAUAUAUGGUACUAUAGAUCUACUUUAUUAAGUAGACUAAUUAUAACUCAGUUCUCCUAUGUGCCUUAUGAUAUAACUUGGAAGUAAGUUUGUGAAAAAUCAGGAUAUAUGUGUUGUUUGUUAAAUUAACUGUUUUAAGCCCUUUUGACACCUCACUAGUUUUGUACUGUUUUACCUCUUAUUUCUGAAACUCUUUUUAUGGUGUAUCCUGUUAGAGGGGACAAACAUGUCAUAGAAAGCAGUUGUGCACUCUUUCAAAUAUAGUUGAUAAAUUCAAUAAUCUUAUAUAUUGAGCUUCGUGUUUAUAGUACAGUAAGUGGUCUAGCAAAAUUGUCCAUGUUUCUUUGUUUAUUGAUAAAUGCAUUGUAUAGAAACUAUUUCCCCUAAAUAUUUAUGGACCAAACAAUUGUGAUAUAUCCUAUUAAAUUUGUGUGAAUAAACCAUUUUGAAUCUAA